AUGCACGAUGACAUCUGUUCUCGAAGUUUCCUUGAAUUCUCGUCACGAAUUACUUCGCCCAUUGUGAACGCUGUCCCGUAUCCUCACGUCAACAUCCAUAACGUUUUUAACGACCGCUUCCUUCGCGAGUGUUUGGCAGAACUCAAAGACCAGCUGACAGCAAAUUUCAAAGAGACUGACCUGUUCAAAGUAUAUCAAACAACAGAUCUAGCUAACUUACAGGACUGUGUGCCACGAGCACGCGUGACCGUACCGCAUUUAUUCAGGCUUCGACAGUAUUUGUAUUCAGAGGCCUUCCGUGAUUUCAUCGUUCAGGCGACAGGAUGUGGUUCACUUGACGGCGCAGUGGACUGCUCUUGUAAUAUUUACACAGCUGGAUGUCAUCUGCUGUGCCAUGAUGAUGUGAUCGGUACUCGGAGAAUUUCAUAUAUAAUCUACCUUUCUGAACCAGACGAGGUUUGGACGGGUACAGACGGAGGACAAUUGGAGCUGUAUCCCAUCGGCCCAGAUGGAAAAAAUCCAACCGACAGUCCCGUGGUGUCGAUGAUGCCGGAAUGGAAUUCCAUGGUUCUAUUCGAGGUCUUGCCUGGACACAGUUUUCAUGCUGUUCGGGAGGUGAGUUCGAUUACAAAAACCAGGGUCAGCAUAUCAGGGUGGUUCCACGCAAAGCAGAUAAAACAAGCUGAAAAACGCUAUGGUGCUCCAUCAACACUUCAACAGCUUCAGGCAGCUGGCGAUAUCUACUAUCCACCGUACACUUCAGUUUCAAUUGCAGCUCGGUCUAGCCGACAAAUAGCAGAACACGAACUGUCAAGUUUUUUGCACAAAUGGGUCAAACCAGAAUAUCUGAUACACGAAAACAUUAUACGAAUUCGAGAGCACUUUCAAAACGAAGGUUCAAUUCAGCUUCACGACUUUCUCUUGCCAAGUAUUGCAGAUUCGUUGCGUGAAAAGUUAAAACGCGAAGACAGCCGCAACCGUCGAAAAUGUGGCCAGUACGACUACGCAUGUGGGCAUGGUUGGAGUGUGAAAGGUCCGCCUCAUAUUCGUAGGUAUUUAAGUUAUCAGCCUGAUAGUGCGCGUACGAAUAGAAAUGAUGUAGGUGAUCGCUUGGAGGAAGUUCUGAUUAAUGUCACCAGCACAGUUGGAUUCCAGAACUGGUUGAGCGCGGUCACCGGUUUUCACUGCACACACGCAUUUUCUGAAAUACGCCGGUUCCGAGCGGGACUGGACUACACGCUCGCGCACUCUGACAUUUUCAAGGAUUCUCAGAUAGAUGUCGAUCUAUGCUUUACGAGUGGUCCUUCUCAGUGGCUCUCUGGUGACUUAGGGGGCUAUCAAUGCUUUACUUCCACUGAAGCAACGGACGGUGCUGCAGACGUAUACUCUGGGGACAUUGCAGAGAACGAGUCUCUGCGAUCUAUCGCACCUACAUUCAACAGUUUAACACUCGUAAAAGUGGAUAAAGGCAUUACUAAUUUUGUCAAAUUCAUUUCAACACAUGCGAAGGGAAGUCGUUGGGACAUAACUUCUCGUUUUGUAGUGGCCAAGUCAACCUAG